AUGAUCGCAAAUUGCAACGAGCGAUGGUUUGGUCGCGGAGUUGAGACGGGCCUCACCCAACUCUGUGUUCCAACUGUGUCUCGUUUUGAAAUUCCUAAUGACACGAGCAUCAUUACAGCUUCAGCCGCUAGCGCAUACGAGCGAAAAGAGGGCGGGUUGACGAUAGUGACCCCGGUGAUGGUGACCCCGGUGUGUCGUAACCCCAUGAUGGUGACCCUGGUGUGUCAUGACCCCAUGAUGGUGACCCUGGUGUGUGGUGACCCCAUAAUGGUGACCCUGGUGUGUCGUGACCCUAUGAUGGUGACCCUGGUUGGUAUUUGGUGGCAUCAGUUUUCUGCAGUAUUCUGGGAUUCAGAUUUCUGGCUUCCGGCUGGAAUAGAAUGGAAGGACAUAGAGCCGAGCGAGGAGUUCCAGUACCCAGUCUUCCACGACGUGUGGGUAUACCCCAUGUUGUUGGGAGCCGCUCUUCUCCUAGGGCACUACUUCUUCCUGGAGCCCUUCAUCCUGGAACCCUUGGCGCAGGCCGCCGCUAUACCUAACAGGAGGGCGCGCCCACCUCUACCCAGCAAAACUUUAGAGAAACUUUAUUAUAAAUAUGGAAUGAAUUGUCCGAGAAAGGCGGUAGUGGAGGCUUCCAACAGCACGGACCUGACGGUGCGCCAAGUGGAGAGGUGGCUACGGCGCCGCAGUGCUACUGCGCAGAGCACCAAGUAUGAAAAAUUUAUUGAAUGCGGUUUUAAUAUUAUGUGCCACAUAGGUUUGACGACUUUUGGUUGGGUGAUAAUGUUCUCUAAACCAUGGUUAUGGGACAUUUCCCUGUGUUGGGAGAAUUACCCGCACCAUAACGUUGAUGACGACGUAUGGUGGUAUUACACUAUUGGUCUCGCCUAUUUCUGGGCCUCCGCCUUCAUGCAGCUGCCGACGCCAGGGCGCAGCUUGGGCGACAAGGUCCGCAUGAUGCUGCACCACCUCUUCACUAUUCUGCUGAUGGUCUUCUCGUGGACUUGUAACUUCGUGCGAGUGGGGACUAUUGUAUUACUUAUCCACGAGUGUGUAGAUAUUCCUUUACUUGCUGCAAAAAUGCUUGUAUACGCCGACAAGAAGGGUCCAACGGAUGUAAUAUUUGCAAUAUUUUUGGUAAGCUGGGCAGUGACUCGGUGUUACCUGUACCCCUUCUGGAUCAUGCGAAGUGUGUUCGUUGAUGCGAUAGACUGCAUUACCAUGCCUGCGAGCUACCUGUUUAAGGCUCUCUUGAUAGGUCUGUUAAUACUUAAUGCUAUUUGGACAGUGCUAAUUGUGGGUGUGGUGGUGAGGAAGGUGCGUGCAGGCUCGCUACAGGACGUCAGGUCUGGCGGUGAAGAGCUUUCUGAAGAUGAAGAACCCAUUAUUAAUGGGACCAAAAGUGAUUAG